AUGGUGCAACUUUGGACGAGAUGUGGAAAAGUAGAUGAACAAAUAGCACUGUUGAAACAAAAGUUGAGACAGAUAUAUCAAGGGCAGGUCUUCAAUGGUAAACCUUCAAAAACUGCACGCUCACAUGGCAAGAAGUUUCAAGUUUCUGUCAGACAAGACACAGCAAGAAUUCUGGGCAAUUUGGGCUGGGCGUAUACGCAAAAGGGGAACUUUAUGGCAGCAGAAGUUGUCUAUAAGAAAGCCCAAAUAAUUGAUGCAGACAGCAACAAGGCCUGUAAUUUGGCCCAUUGUCUAAUAAAGCAAGCCCGGUACGAUGAGGCUCGUAAUAUUCUUGAAAAUGUUUGGAGAGGUAAUUAUGCUGGUUCUGAAGAUCCAAAAACAAGGAAUCGUGUGGAGGAAUUGCUAUUGGAACUGGACUCGAGACAACCACCACCAUUUUUGCAAAACCUUCCGGGCCUAAAUUUGGAUGAUGACUUCAUGAAUGGGCUUGAACAGCUUAUAAAUGAAUGGGCGGCUCUUCCAAGACCAAGAAGACUACCAAUAUUUGAGGAGAUAUCUACUUUCAAUGAUCAAUUGGCUUGUUGAUUGUUUUAAAUUGUCAAAUAGUUAGUGAUAGGUGGGUACUGGGUAGAUAGGUGUGAAAUAUGUGAGUCAUUCAAAUUAAGUGAAAAUAAAUAAAUAAAUAAAUAAAAAUUUGUGAACUAUGUAAAUUGUGGUGUAGAUGAGAUCUUGUGGCAAAGUUUGGGAAAUGAACAACUCUAUUUUUUUUUGUUGCCGGUUUGACAUUCUAUCAUCUGAAAUCUAUAAGUCUGAUCAAUUCAAAAUUGUGUUGAGUACGUGUAAUCAU